UUGAACCAGGGGAAAUUUUACAGUUUGCCACAUUUAUUAUUCCCUUUUACAGUUUUGAUUCUAGCUGUUUUUGACUAUCAAAAUAUCUUGAAUCAGAUUUAAAGUCGAAUUAACCUUCAACCAUAUAAUAGAUUAUCAAGAUCAAUAGGAUUGGACCAUGGUGUCAUAUUUGAAUAUAUGGCAGUCCAUACUAAUCAAUAAGAGUAAUCGGCCAGUGUUGCAAGAAGGAGAAUACAAUCUAUUCAUACGAGAUAAUAUUGGUCUUUAUCAGGGGAAACUGAAAAUCAUUAGUAGACAAAAUGGGAGAUUAUAUCUUACUAAUAAACGAAUCAUCUAUUUUGAUAAUGAUAAUAAUGCCAAUUGUAUGGCUAUAGCGGUUAGUGAUGUCAAUUCUUGUGAAAUGAUUGAAGGGUUCUUAAGAUCGUCGCCUAAAGUUAAAGUUCACAUAAAAUCAAGUGAUUUAGCAAAUUCGAGUUCAACAGAAUCUAAUGGGAAUGGUAGUAGUGGUAAUAACAAUAAUAAGUCUAAUGACGUGAGGAUCAUAAAUUGGGCUUGUAAAAUAUGUUCUUAUAAUAAUCAAAUCUCCACCAAUUUUGAUUUUGAUGAAAAUGAAAUCCCAAAAUGUACUUCUUGUGGAAUACGACCAAAUAAACUAUAUCUUAUAAAGCUUUUAGAUACAUCAAGAAGGAAUUCAAGUGAUGGUAGAGAUCUGAUUAAUGAAUCUGAUACUCUUGCUCCCAGUUCAGCGCUUUCGUUAUCCACUAUGAUGACCUCUACGACUGAUUCCGCUACCACUGAUGAUGUUAGUAUAACUUCAAGAAGAGAUGAUCAAUGUCCAACUUGUACUUUUAUAAACCAUCCUUCCAUGAAGUAUUGUGAGUUAUGUGGAUCUGAAUUAAAAUCAAGUUUACCUCCAAGUUUACAACUUAAGUUGAAUGAAAGUUUAUCAAAUUUAUCCACAAAUGCAAAGCCUAAUACUUCUACUGAUCCAAGUUCAAACAUAACUAAUCCUUUAAAGUUAAGAUUAGAAACAAAUAAUGAAAUAUACACUAAUAAUAAACCAUAUAUAAAGAUCAGUUUUAGAAAAGGUGGAGAAGAAAAAUUUAUGAAGCAUUUAGUUGAAAUUCUUGAUGAUAUUAGAUGGGAAUCAUUAAAGAAUAGAGGUGCUAUAAAUCAAAACUCAGUUAAACAACCAUCAUUAAUCACAGAAAGAAAACAAUCCAUUAAGGGUGGACCUGGUAUUCAUGGAUUGGAAUUAAAAGGUGAACAACAAAGAAAACGAAAUGAAAUGAUUUUAAGUACUUCAUUAGAUGAUUUGGAACAAUUAAUGUUCAAAUAUCAAGAUUUAAUCAAAUUAUCGAAUUCAUUCACAAAGUUUGUGCGACGGGAAGGAAAUAUAAAUUCAAAGUAUAAUACAUCAACUGUAGUUCCACCAUUGGUUAUUAGAAAGAGUUCACCAUUAUUCUCACAAGAGUUAUCUCGUCAUAUUAGUGAAUAUGCCACCAACUUUGAAUUAACUAAAAUAUCAUCCAUGAUUACGAGUCAAGAACUAUUCAGUAAUUAUAAUCGAUUUUUAGUAUUAACCCAAGGAUUUGGGACGGAAUUGAUCUCACCUGAAGAUUUCAAUAAAGCAAUUGAAUUAUUUGAUACUCUUAAAUUACCCAUCAAAGUAAAAACUUAUGAAAAGACAGGUUUGAUCGUGUUAACUACGAGAAAUUCAUCUAACAGUUAUGAAGAGUUCAUUAUCAAAUUUAUGAGAGAUUUUGAGUAUGAAUUCACUUAUAAAAAGUUAAAGAAUAAAGAAAUUGGAAUUAAUGAUGAUUUCUUACAGAAUGAAUAUGAUUAUUUCAAAGGAGUUACUAUUUCUGAAGUUUCUGAUCGACUUAUAUGGUCAUAUAAUAUCACAGUACAAGAAAUUGAAACCUGCAUAGCGAAUGGAUCCAUUGUCAUAGAUCAAAGUAUCGCAGGGACAUUUUAUUAUAUCAAUCAAUUCUCAUCCACUUACAAAAGUGAAAUCGAUGAAGAUAAAUUGAUCGAAAAGAUCAAGGAAGAAAUCAUCACUGAGCAAAAUACCAUCACUCAAGAUUUAAAGGAUCAAUAUGAUAAUGAUAACUCUUCUAAUUUAAUCAAUGUCCAACCUGAUUAUACGUUUGGAAUCAAUAGAAUUAACGAAUUAAUGAAAGAAGAUACUGGUGCAAGUAAUGGUAGUGAAUUAGAAAGUUUUAGAAACACACCAGAACCCCUGGCUCAAUCAUCCCAGUAUACUUCACUUAAUGACUUACAAGGUCUUUCUUUCAACUAAGUAAAUGUCAUGUACAUACCUAUACAUACCUAUAUAUAUUCACACUUUAUAGACUUCUUCAUGUAAGAUUAAUAAUGGGUGCAAUCCCCAUACUUUUUUAAAAAUUACAAUUUUGUUAUCCGUAGCACAAAAAAAAAGCUGAACAAAAAAAAAGUUGAGACCAGUCAAACUUUCUCGAGUCUAAUA